GGGGGAUCGUCGCGUGUGCUUCCCCGGGCGUGCAGCCUCCUCCGCGACGGCCCCUCUCCCACUGACCUUGCCGGGCAAGGAAGGGCAGCGAAUGGGCCUGCAGUCCCAAGCGCCGGUGAUGCAUUUCUUGGCCAGUCGAUGGGAGCAAGCAGCCAACACGCACGUGGCUGGGAAGGGAAGGUAAGCAGCAAGAUGGCCGAGAAUCCGUCGGAGCGUCCAUCCGGGGGCAUCACCCCCAUGCAGCAGAUGCUGGCAUCUGGGACCGGGGCCCUCUUUACAUCUCUCUUUGUAACCCCUCUGGAUGUGGUAAAGAUCCGGCUGCAGGCUCAGAGGACACCGUUCUCCAAAGUGUUGUCAGUACAGUCUAUGCCCUGGAGUAUUCAGCAGCCCAAAUGGAAAUGCUUCCUUUACUGCAACGGCCUCAUGGAUCACCUGUACGUGUGCCAGAACGGGAACAGCUGUACGGCGUGGUACAAGACCCCCACCCGUUUCUCGGGAACCUUGGAUGCUUUUGUGAAGAUCAUACGCUACGAGGGCAUCCGAUCCUUGUGGAGCGGCCUGCCACCCACUCUGGUGAUGGCUGUCCCCGCCACAGUGAUCUACUUCACUGGUUACGAUCAACUGCGGGACUUCUUGCAUGCCAGGGUGGGCAGCCAGGGGCGCUAUAUCCCCCUGGUGGCUGGAGCAGUCGCUCGGCUGGGUGCAGUGACAGUUAUCAGCCCCUUGGAACUCAUCCGGACAAAGAUGCAGUCUCGCCAGCUGAGCUACCAAGAGCUGCGUGUCUGCAUUCAGUCGGCUGUGGCCCAGGACGGCUGGCUCUCUCUGUGGAGGGGCUGGGGGCCCACGGUGUUGCGGGAUGUCCCCUUCUCUGCUCUGUACUGGUACAACUAUGAGCUGCUGAAAGCCUGGCUGUGCGGCCAGUUCCGCCUCAAGGAGGCCACCUUCAUGGUCAGCUUUGCAGCGGGUGGCAUUUCGGGCAUGGUGGCCGCCGUCCUGACGCUGCCCUUCGAUGUGGUCAAAACCCAGCGACAGAUCGAGCUGGGCAACAUGGAGACGUUCCAAGUUACAGCUUCCAAAUCCUCCACUUGGCUGCUCAUGAGACGGAUCCGGGCAGAAUCAGGCACCCGCGGGCUCUUUGCAGGUUUCCUGCCUCGUGUCAUCAAGGUGGCCCCAGCCUGCGCCAUCAUGAUCAGCACCUACGAAUUCGGCAAGACCUUUUUCCAGAAGCUGAACCAGGAGCGGCAGCUCAGCAGCUUGUGAGCUCCAGGACGAAAAGCUUCCGACGGCAUCCUCGGAAAGGACCAAAACCCAUAUGGAUUGGAGGGGGGGGGAGGGUUUUUCAGCAAGCGGCAGGUGAAGUUUUUGGAUGAGGCUAAAGUUGAUUCUCAGCCAAGGUUGAGAAGGCCGGACCCAGGAAAACGUCUCAUACACUUACCUUUGUAGGUGCCUUUUUAUUAGUUUCAUUCCUCUUUUCCGGGCUGUCGGAGGGAUCAUCUUAACGUCCUUAGCCGGUCCCUUCAACUUAGAAUCACGCGGUCGAAUGGAGUCCUUCGGACGCCGUACCUUUUCUGGCCUCCUUUUAUCCCACUGAAGAAGAGGAGCUUUUCCCAUGAGACACUCGACUCAAGUCCGAUGCUGCAGCGCCCUGACAGGAUGCGGCACGCCUCACUUCCUCAGGUGGAAGGUGAAAGGAAGAGGAGGAAGCAGGAUGGGGGCAGCCUUGCCAUUUCAGAACCGGAGAGCACACACAGUUCCCUCUUAUGGCGGGCCUUCAGAGAAACAUCUAGCCGUAGCCAAAGGGACACGUCUGUCUUGGCCUUAAUUUUGCGUUUGUUUGUUUUCUCGGCUGGCGUGCCUGCUGGUUUGUUUGUUUUUUCCCUGUCACACUCUAUACACAACCGACUCACGGUGCAACUCCAAAAUGGACUUUUCGGGGCUGCAGUUAGAAACACUGGCUUGAAUACUCAGGAUUGAAUACUCCCCACCCUCUUCGUCCUGUUCUCUCUACCGCUUCCCUUUUUUACUCUGAUGGACAGUUUGAAUUCCUCACGCCUUAGGCGAUCAGGAGCAUCGGCCCAUGAAAACUCUGUUCUGUCUUCCUUCUUUCCUUCCCUCCCUCCCACCCUGUCUUCUCUGUUCAAGCAGGAGUGAAAUCUCAGCUGGCCCAAGAGUUGGGAUGAUGUCAAGAGACUUCAAGUAGCACCUUUUGACAGCCAACGCGCACCCUUCUCACUGUUAAUUUAUGUGCCUGCUGCUUAGUUCUCACGGAGGAAGAGAUCCCGAACUUCUUAUUUCUUAAAUAAAGUUAAUUUUUUAAAAAAACAUAA